AGAUCUUUGACGACGAGUUGAACGAGUUAUCCUGCGAGAAGAUACGAGUGGAACGUUCGAUACUCCAGGGAAGACUGUCCGCUCUGCGAACGAUCGUUCGACAUCGAGAGAUCGUGGAAGAGAGGCGCGAGGUGGAACGCGCGAUCGAGUCGGAACUCGCGCCAGCGACGAAAGAGACGCGCGAGCUCUGCGAGCAAUGCGAUCUGUUCGAGGCAGGUGUGGCCGAGGCGAGAAUCGGCUACGAGAACGCGCGCAAACGGGACAGGCAGCUCGAGGGAAAGUUUCGCGGCGAAUUGGUCGAGUCGAAGCCAUCGAUGACCGAGUAUCUGUUUCGACAGUACCGAAAAAGACCCGCGCUAUCCGGUACGCACGGAGCGUGCGGGGCAUCCGUCGCGUUCCUCGCCGAACUCGCCAGCUGCCUGAUCGAGGAACGAACCUCGGACGUAUUGCCGGCCGAGUGCUCGAGCUAUCUGCGAGCCGUGAACCAUCUGGACGCUAUGCCCGACGGACCGUCUCGACGACCCGAGCUCGACCAUUGGCGUCUUACGUGUCGCCUCAGAAGACUCAAGAUGGAAGCGGAGACAAAGGUGAGUCGACGGCACCGAUUUCGCGAUACGAACGCGGACGCGGAUAACUGUACGGCGCGAUACGAUCGGUUCGAAGGUGAAAAGCUGCGCUAUCGAGUUGGCGGAAGCGGAACAGAGCCUGACAUUCUUGCGGAAAGCGUGUACCUUCGCUCGAGACAAGGUCGACCGAUGCAAACGGACGAUAGAGCUUCGACAAGCGUCCCUCGAAGCGGACUCGUCUACGGAUCGGGACGUAGCGUUAACGCUGAAGACGGGACAACUCCGAAUGCGGGGCAAAGGUUGUCCGUUCACCGACUGGGAGGAUGCCGUUCCGACACCGGUCGAAGAAGUGACCCGCGCCAACCGUGCGAUCCAAGAGGCCGAGCGACGAAGAUCGGACGCGCUGCGAAAACUCGCAAAAGUACAGGAACUCGUUUCUCUCGAGGAGUGGCGUCACGAGCUAGAGAAAACGAGAAUGGAAGAUUUAUUGGUACGAGCGAGGGACCUCGAUCUGGUCAAGGUGAGCAGAGUCGCGCGGGAAUGUUUACGCAAUUCGCAGGGCCGGUGUCGUACGACGUCCAAGCGGGAAGACCACGACGACGACGACGACGACGACGACGACGACGUCGACAGGGAGGAGGACAGGAAGGAGGAAAAAGCAAGUGGGACGCACGACGAACCCAACGAGCGAGAAACAGUGGAAAAAAUGGUAUCCGUUUCGCGGUUUCACUGGGAAUCCGGUGCAACGAGACGAAAGAGGGCAUCCGAGUCGGAACGACUCGUGACAGAGAUACGGACAUGGCGACGCAGGAACGACGAAUCAACGAGGAAAACUGAGCGAUCGACGAUCGAGAGGGAGCAACUCGUGCUCGCGUCGAGGGAUCCCCUGCGAUUAAGAGUAGCCGCUUUUCGAGCGAGCGGAGCACGAGCAUUGAGGCGCAAGGCGCGACUCGCGGCACGAAUUCGAGAUAAUCUGCAACAAUUGUCGAUUCUCGAGACUCGACUGGAGACUUGCAAAUUGCGAACAUACCCGACCUUGAAGUUGAAAUUUUGAUUAGGUCGCGCGACCACCGGGUCAUCGCGAUACGGGAUUCCCCGGUGAAAACGAUA